UCACUCGCUGCUCUCCCCUCUCUCGCCUGCGCCCUGCAGCCUUGUCUGGGUGUCUCUCUGUAUACUGUGCACUACAUAGCGGGUUCAGAUUAGCACUGUGUCGGAUCCCUGAGUCACCCUUAGGCCCUUCUUGCCCAUUUAUAUCCCAGCACCCUUCAUUGCACCAUGGCAGAUAGCCUGUCGUCUCUGCUCCUGGCGCUGGCUUUCCUAGCUGUGUUUUGGAGAGCAUAUGGGACAGAUUCAGACUUUAGCUUGGAAGAUGCUUUAGAUUUAGACCCUGUUCCUACAAAAAAACCUAUACCCAAACGACCAAAACUACCAACUCAGGAUUCCGGUGACCUUGACUUAUCUGACUUUUUUGACACCCCAGUCAAACCAACACCAAAACCUAAACCAACCAGACCAACAAAAGUACCUGCAAGCAAACCAGGUGGCAUAGACUUUUUUGAUACGCCAAGCAAACCAACACCAAAACCAUCCAGACCAACAAAAAAAGUGCCUGCAAGAAAACCAGAUCCCAAUGAUUUUGACUUAUCUGAUGCCCUAGAUGGAAGAAAUGAUGGCAAAUAUGAUGGGAGAGGAGGAGGAGGAGGUUCCAAGGAUAAAGGUAAACUUGAUCCCUCCGGAGGUAAACAAGCUGACCUUUCAGAUGAUGAUUUAGAAGAUAUUUUCAAUGAUGGCUACAGCCCUGACAAGAAAAAAGGUGGAAGAGGCGGAGCAGGGGGAGGAGAAAGUGGCAGUAAUACAGACUCUAAUACUGGUGAGACAAUGGAGACCGGCACUAUUGCAGGGAUUGCCAGUGCAUUGGCAAUGGCUUUGGUUGGAGCCGUAACUAGUUACUUUUCCUACCAGCAAAAGAAGUUCUGCUUCAGUAUACAACAAGGACUUAAUGUUGAUUAUUUGAAAGGCGAACAAAUGGAAGGGGUAGUUGCAGAAGAGCCACAAGUUAAGUAUUCUGCUGUGGAAUCUCAGGCUUCUGCUCCACCAACAGAAGAUGCGGCAAAGGUGUGAAUAGACUUGACAAUGAACAACUCUACAAUAUUGCCAGCUGCAAUUUCCUGAGGCCUGUAUGUUUGCAUUUUAUUUAUUGAGCACUCUAGCUCCUUGCAAGCUUUGUAAAGAUAACUGCUUUUAAAAAAAAUUUGUUUACAUUUAUGUACACGCUUUUUUAUGUCUGUGUUUUGUUUUUUUAAAGUUUUAGCAAUUUACAUGAUAAAAAACUGAAUACAUAAGAAAAAUGGUAGAUAGAACAGCCUUACUUAGUUAAAUCAAUCUGUUUAUUAAUAUUUAUAUCCACAACAGUCUCCAUUUUGUGUUUUUAUAAAUGAAUAACUUCAAAUCUUUGAAACAAGUAACCAUAUAUUUAUACGCUUACUGAUAUGUUGUGUAAUGACAGAGUGUUGGUGAACCUUACUGUUUGUUAACGGUAUAAAUUAGCUUAAAGGGAAACUAAACAAAAUUUUUAUUGUAAGCUUAGAACCCGACCCAUUUUUGGUUCAGCACCAGGGUAGUGCUUGCUGAUUGGUGGGUAAAUGUAGCGACCAAUCAGCAAGCACUACCCAGGGUGCUGAACCAAAAAUAGGCCACCUCCUAAGCUUACAUUUAAGCUUUUUCAAAUAGAUACCAAGAGAAAAAAUAAAAAAUUAUAAUAGGAGUAAAUUAGAAAGUUGCUUAAAAUUUGCAUGCUGUAUCUGAAUCAUGAAAGAAAAAAAAAUUGGGUUUAGUAUUCCUUUAAAUUAAUACAGGCAUUCUUACCAUUUAGCACAUUCUUUAUCACCUAGAGUUCUGUUAAAUUCUAGAUUGUAAGCUCUCUAAAGCAGGGGCCUCAAUGAUUUUUGUUUCAUUGUGCAAACAUGUUUCAAGUUACACAUGUUCUUGUAUACAGCUUAAAAAAAACUGGUGGUUUUUAUAAAUAUAGAGCAAAAAAAACAAAAAUACAUGAUUCGCUCCAGCUACUAGCAGCUGAAUUUAUUAGCAUAUCUUUCACAGAAACAAGUGUUUACCAUUGACAUGAUUUAAGAUACUAUCUAGUCGGUCUGUUUGUCUGACUGUCUAAAUAUCUUGAGUUAAAUUAAUUCUCCAGACAAUCUUAUACACAGGAUUUAUUACAGCACCUUUUUCAAGGUGGAGUCAAGGUACUUAACAAUACAGCUUUUGGUCUUAAAAAGAUAGUUAUACAUUGUCAUUUUAACAUAAAUAAACUUUUCUUAAAAAAAAACAGAGGCCUCAGACUUUUCUAAAGAUGGAAUUUCAGAGCAAAUUAGCUUUAUUAUGGAAUGCUUGUUUGGCUAAUUAUUGCAUAUAUUUGUUGCAGAAAAUUGGCUGAAAAGCAUGUGCAUAAGAGGAUAAUGCUAUAAAAAUUAAAAUUUGCUACAAACGUGUGCAUAAAAUUAUAAACGUAUAAACUGGUCUGGUUAGCAUGCGCAUAAAGCUAUAAACCUAAAUAUUUGCUGAUAAGCAUGUGGGGAGGAGCAUAAGACGAUAUAAUUACAAAGUCCCACAGCACUAUGUAAAACAGAUAAUUAUUGCUUAAUUUGGGUUACAAAUAAGGUAAUGUUUUGGACUAUUCCCUCAAUUAUGCACAAGUGCUUUACAUCAUUCUGUGGAACUUUGUUUUUAUUUCUGAUUUGGCAAUAUCUUUAUUUAGCAUUUUGCUGGAUCCACUAAUUGCAAUUUACAAUCACGGUGCACCAAGGGUUCUUCAGGUAGAUAAACCCCUGAUCAUGCAGGGUGACAGGAGGCUAAUCUUAAUUCCCUAAACUGGCUGCCAGGAAAAAAUGGUGCACAUAAUUUUAAGAAUCAUCAUGUGUCAAAAACGAGUCUGGUUGACUAUCAUAAUUGCUGCAAUACUGUGCAUCAUCUGAAGCUGGCGUAGUUGUCUGGUUUCCUGCAGUGCAUUAUGUUGGGGUCAACCAGAAAGAAAAAAUCAUUGUCACUAUGGGGGACUUCAAGAAUUCCUGGGAUAAGCAUAAGGCUAUCCUACAAACUAGAUACGUUUAAUACUUUUAAGAAAUAUUGGGCAGGCUUGUUGGGCCUAUGAUUCUUAUCUGCUGUCAAAAUCUAUGUUUCUAUGUCACAAAGUGGGGAGAUUGUUUAAAGGAAUCCUGACAUUUCUCAGAUGAAAUAAUAAGGCUUUGAAAGUGGUUGAUACUUGUUGCUUGAGAGGAAAACUAAUAAGCAAGUACCACACCAAUAUAUUGCAUGUAUUAUUUAGCCUGUAGUUGUAGCCUUCAAUAUUUCUGGCCAAUGUGCUGAACGUGUUCCUGGUUUGUUGUGAUCAGGUGACUUCCUCUCUACCACUAAGAGUGUCUGUUUUAUCAUGAUUUAGCUUCAGAGAGCUGGUACUCGUCUACACCUGGAGAUCAUUAUGUUGCUUAAUUUUCAGCUUUGCUUAAAUAUCAUAAGCAUAGCUCUAAAAGCCUAGACCAGCAUUAAUCAUUGAGGGUUUAGAAUAUAUUUUAACAUGGGACACCCCUGGCAUUCAACUGGAUAACACUUUAAAGUAACUUUUAAGCUUUAUUAUAACAUGUUAGAAUUCCAUGGCCUCAAAACUUGAAUUUCCUUUGUUGCAUUUGCCCACUGAUCUGUUACAAGAAGGCAGUUCCAAGUGUUUUCUAAUUCUGUUCUGUAACUUCAUGAACUUUGUCAGAAAAUUAUUACUCUCUGUAUAAUUUUUUCCCCCCUAAAACACUGGUUUCAAAAAUCUUAUCUCUCUCUUAGUUUGUUGUGACCUAAAGAGUGUAUUUCAAAAAUACUUUUUUUCUGGAGCUGUGUUAGCUGUUGUUAUCAACUAGUGAGCAAUCCUAUUGGUCAGUUGCACAUAAAUGUACAUUUCUGUUUUUGUUUUAAUAUUUUUAUAUAAUUUCAAGUCAUUCUUUUUCAUGCAAGAAAUUAUCAAACAUAUUUGUGAUAAAUAUUAUUUUAAGAGAUUUUCAGUUUAGUAGCCACAUUUUUUUAAAUUGAAGACACUAAAUACUUAAAGGACAUUUAACACAUCUUGCUUUUGUAUAAGAAUUUGUCUCAGGCACUGCUAACCUAGGUUUUCAAAAUGGUGCAAAUUGCCUAAACCAGUAGUUAUUUGAUCUGCAACAGUUGUAGUAAUUGCUUUGUGGCCUUUCUAGUGAGGGUGGGACAAGAACAUUUUGUUACACAAAAGCAGGAAGUGUUUAAUGUCCUUUUAAAAGGUAUCCGCUUAGGUGCAUUUUAAGUAGCCUAAGGUUAUGUAGCAUCUCCCAGAGGGAGUACAAAACUGCAUCUUUGUGGUCAGGCCGGUAUGUUUAUCAGGUAUAUUUGCCCUAUGCAUUGGCCUAAAGGUAUGAAACACGAAGAGUAAGUCCCUUAUGGCUCACCCUAGUGACACAAAGCCUCACUUCCUGCUUCCAUUCAUUUCUGUUAUGUUUUUUGAACAGGGUUGAUGAUUUCCCACUGACUUUCAUGCUUUGUACCACUAUAUCAGACAUUCUGCUAUCAGGCAAGCAUUUAUAUCCUGCCCUGGGACAGCACGUUACUGUAUAUAGUAAAGGGACAGAAAGGAGCAAUAAUAAAAUACUAUAAAGUUCGAGACCAUUGUAUUAGUACCUAAUGCCUAAAUUCCGUUCUGGAUCAGCAGUGCUGAUUAUGAAUUGAAAACUGACGGUGGCUGAGGGCUAUGUACAUAUGUUGCCCCUGAUUGGCACAGCAACCUUGUUCAGUUGUGGAACACUAGUGCUUUGCUGCUACGGUUCUGACUCAGUGUGUUUAACCUCUUUGGGGAAGGAUAUAAACUCUCAGUUCUGUUCAAGCAAUAAUGCAAUAUUAAAAUGAUCUAGCCACAAUAAAGCAUCUUAUUCUUACCCUAUGAUGUCCCUUUAAUGUAGGAUUUGCAAUUUCACUUGCAGUCUUUAAAUUUAGAAGGCUUUGCAGUACAGAGAUGUAAUGAGAUGGGGUUUUCAUGCCACCAUUAUUUUCUUCAUACUCUGUGACAGGGUCCUGUAUCAUUACAUGCACUGAUGUAGCAUCAUUUUACACAAUGUCUUUUCAUUGGUCGGCACUGUGAUGCAUUUAUCAUGUGCUAAAUGUGCUCCUCAGCACUGCAUGGCAAUACGUGCCCUAUGUGUCAUCUUUCUUUGUAUUAAGGUCUAAUUCAAUGGUUUAUUUAGGCUGGUGGUGAGAUUUUUUUCUCUCUCUUUAUUAUCAUUUAGCAACUUACUUUUUCUAACUACUUACUGUUUUUCAUUGUUAUCGUUCAGUAUUUUUAGUACCUCACUUGUGUUGAUAUUUUCUUUGGUAGGCUGCAUGUUGUUUGAUGGAAGCUACUGCCAUUCUGUAUCUCACAGUAGAGCCUGGUUAAUUGGACGUUGCUCUUCUUUUGCUAUAUAUAUAUAUAUAUAUAUAUAUAUAUAUAUAUAUAUAUAUAUAUAUAUAUAUAUAUAUAUAUAUAUAUAUAUAUAUAUUGUUAAGAUUGUUUAUUUACAGACUCCAUUCUCUCUCGUUAAAGCCCCAGCUAAAGUGCCUUCAAUUUUUAAAAUACUGUUCCCAUAUGUUCAUUACACACUAUUUAUUUAGUUCCUUUAUUGUUUCAGUAUAAAAUGUAUUUGCUCCUGUUCUCUGCCUGUUGUACCUAAUGCUAAACAUUUAAAUGUAAAAAGUCCAGUACACCUCACUUACUAUAUUAUGUGGAAGAAUCCUGACUUUUGUUAGUUUAUUUUUUACUGUUACUGAUUGAUAUGCAUCUGAGAAAAGCCAGUUUUCUCUUUCUCGUACCUUCGUGCAGCCAUUCCAAGACAAAUAGACAAAAGACAGGAAACUUUUAAUUGUUGCAGAAAAAAUUCAUUGUGCCCUAUUCUGUGAUCAAUUGGUGACUAUUAGGCAUGGGCAAAACUUUGGGAUUUGUCAUUCAUUUAGCAAAUAAAUACCGAAUAUGACAGUGGCAUUCGGCAUCUUUCAGCGCCGGAUAUAUCAGUGUGAAAGUACAACAGAAUGCUGCUGCCAUAUUUGUCGUUUGUUUACCAAACUAAUGCCGAAUAAUGAAAUUUCACCCAUGCCGAGUGACUAUAUGGAUUACCAUAUAAAGUAUUUAUCACCACUACAUGACUGCCAAUGAAAAUGAUCUUUGUUUUAUUCUGGAACAUUUCACCAUCUGUCUCCAAUGUCUCCUCAUUCUAUCUCAAGAGAACCUUCCUAUAUCAGGGUGUCUUAUAUCAAACCUUUUUGCUUCAUUCUCUGUUAUUGAAGCCUCGUAUUGGUCAUCCAGUCUACACAGAGAUUUUCUAAUGUGCAACCAAUCUUAAGCCAAUCCUGUUUCUUUUCGUUGUAGAGAUCUUAAAGCAGCAAAUGGGACUUCUUUCUGGUGCUGUUUUUUUUACAUUUUGUGUACAGUCUGUCAGAUGUUUUGUGUGGAAUCCCAGUCCACUUCUGUAAAUGAUAGUGUUUUAUAGUGAUAGCUGCUAUGGGUCAUCUCCACUUAACCUGGACUCACAUAACAUCACAUAUAAGCACUAUCCUGCCAGGUUAUUCUUAUACCUCUGUGACUGGGGGAGCACAUUAACUAAAACUGAUGCCCCUUGCGACCUAACUCCAUCAAUCCUAAUACAAUCACUUAUGGCUUUUCCUCUUGCCAUUAUCAAUGUCUUUUCAUCACUUAUCCAGUCAAGGUCUGUACACAGAUCCAGCUGGUGUAAUACACCUGUGUGCUUUCCAUGCAUUUUCAUUUAGCUCUGAUCAACUGACUAAGCUGUUUCUUUAAAAACAUUUCUAGUUCGACUACUUGUUGCACCUGCUAGUUGUUUACAAUAUAAGCUAGAUCUCACCUUCCUUAUGGUCCCAUACUUUUCUAUUCUGAAACCUAAACCGAAUGUCUUUAGGACACAUCGUAAUGCAAUAUAAUAAUUAAACUGGAAAUUAUACAUUAAACACGUGUCACUUUUAUAUUUUUUGAUUCUUUUAAUAUCGUGACAUUCUAAAGCAUAUAGCUGUCUUUCUUCUCCCAUGUAAAAUUGGUGCUGGGUAGAAGACGGAAGGGGAGGAAAUACUGAGCAUACCAUAAGUUCCCAAGUGUUGAGAAGAAGUAAUUAUCCAGUAGUUUUAGAUUUGGAUACAAUGUUGUGUACUUGUAAAUGUGAAUUGAGAUUUAUUAUGAAGUAAAAUGUCUUAAAAACAAAA